AUGGCCGCGGUACUAGCUCCAGCAGCGCCAAGUGACUUGCUACGGCGCAGAUUCAAUCAUCCACCGUACGAUAACAUCAACAUGUCCGACCUCAUGCCCGGCUUCAACAUACCGUUUCGACCAGAUACAGCUGCUGCUGCCGCUGCGGCAUCGUCGACCAUGCCUUUUCUACAUAAUCAAAUGCAAUCACAUUUGCCACAAGUUCAACCACAAUUCCAGCAACAAUUACGGCCCCAAUUCCAUCAAAUACCACAGCACAAUCCACCAUCGAUGGCCCCAGGUGAGAUGUUCAGCCACCUGUCAAUGCCGGAGGCCGCAAUGCUGGGUGGACCAACCUACGCGGAUGCUUACAUGCUUGGAACCGACUUCUCUGGCGCCACUUUCGGCUCGUUGAGUUGGCCCGUGGGCUCGAGUACCGCUCCAAGCUUGAUACAACCACUACAUGACCACCACGACCUCAGCUACAGUAGCACCGAGAGCGAGCCAUAUAUCAAGUCCGAAGAGCAAUCUCCAACUUUCGCCACUCACCUGUUCACCGAAGCACAGUCUUACCUCUCAUCACCAGACACCUUGAGCUUAGCAGACUCCUCUGACGAAAGCAAGCCGGCCGUCUUCUCUACUGACAUUGAUGUGCUCAUGCGAGCUAUUCAAGCCAAGUGUCAGCCAUCAGGGCAGCAGCCUAGUGAGAGGGUCAAGUCGACAGAAGCACGGCCCACGCCAAGUAAGAUCAAGAAGCGUUACCACUGCCAGAUUGCUGGCUGUGGCAAAGCCUUUUACCAGAAGACCCAUUUAGAGAUCCACACCAGAGCACACACUGGCGUCAAGCCUUUUCUUUGCAAGGAGCCUACAUGUGGACAACGUUUCAGCCAGCUCGGUAAUCUCAAGACUCACGAACGUCGGCACACAGGUGAACGGCCAUACCACUGCGAUAUAUGUGGCAAGACUUUUGCGCAGCAUGGCAACGUCCGAGCUCACAAAAUCGUCCAUACUGCUGCUAAGCCAUUCACAUGCAAGCUGGACAAUUGCAACAAGCAAUUCACUCAGCUAGGCAACCUCAAGUCCCACCAGAACAAGUUCCACGUCGAGACGAUCCGACGACUAAAGGCACGUUUCGAGAAUAUCAAGGAAGGCGAUGUCGUGCAGGAGUGGGAGAAAAAGCUCUGGGAGUACUUCGCAGGCUUGUACAAGAACUGCAACAAGGGCAUCAAAGGUCGAGGCAAGGACAGACGGAUUAGCAACACCGCCUACGCGUCGCCAGACAGUACAUGUAUAUCGCCCAGCCAGAGAAGAGACAGCAUCAUCAGCACAGCUUCAGGAGGAGGGACUGUAUCACUGGGUAUGCCGCUGCCUCCUGCCAUGUUCAUGCAAUAA